AGACAUUGACAGUGUAUUGAUAGUUGUCAAAAUAUUAAAAGAAUGAGCUCAACUACUGAAACUAUUCCUCAAGAAAAUAAAUCCAGCGAUUUGGGUGCAACUGUAUUAAACAUUUCUAAAGAGAUCAAAUGGAAAUUCUUGAUAGUUUUGUCUGCAAUGCCAAAUUAUAUGUCUUGGAACAUAAAAAAUGUAAAGAAAUAUCUAAAUGGUUCACAUCCUAUUAUAAAACAAACAGCAGACAAUUAUUUUUCCAUGAAAGAACACCAACAAUUUAAAGAUCAAUCUCUCCUUGACGCGCUACCACGAUGUCUCAAGCAAGAUAUUGCCUACGACCUGAAUUGCGGAUUUUACACAGGUCGUUGUUGCUGAAUAGUCUUCCGAAAUAUAUCUUAAGGAACAUCUCGUCAGAAAUGAAAACGGUUAUCCUGCCGGCAGGCGAAAGUAUCUAUUUUCAGUAUGUGGUUAAGAGUGGUAUGGUGUGCAUAGAGGAUGGCGGGAUUGAAAUUUUACAUGACGAUGAUGAAGAAAGUCCUGUUAUUUACUUUGGAACUGGAACAAUCUUCGGAGAAAUUUCAUUAUUCCUGAAUAUUCCCUCUAAAGUUACCGUUAGAGCUACCAAACGAACCGAACUGAGGAUCCUGGAGAAAAAAGAUUUUUUAAAAGUAAUGUUACACUUUCCGCAGCAAUUAAAAUACCUGCACACGGCGCUUAAAAUUCGCCUUAAUAAGGCGAGUACGAGACAAAACAGUUCCAAAACGCGAGUCCAGAAUUUAAGGAAAAUGAAGAAUCUGUUUUUUGGAUCAAUUGAUGAUGACGGGAUCAAAGAUACAAAUUUUUAUGAAUUGUACAAAUUAGUAGGCGAAGAUUUGAGAGAUAAUACUUUCGAUGAAUAUAAUUGGAUAAAGAUUUGGAAGCUUAUGAAUGGUUUGGCACAGACAGCUUUUUGCAUCCUACAUUUUUAUUAUGCGGCUUUUGUAACACAAAUACCAUAUUAUGUAUUUACCCUUGAAAUAUUUGCAGCCAUAGCAUGUAUUCUGGAUCUGAUUUUGCAGUGUCAUUCUUAUAAAAAAUCUCAGAGAAAACCAAUAAGCACAUCAACAAUUUUAGAUGCAAAAUUAAGCAAUUUGAAAUUUUAUUUCGACAUAUUGUCUCUACUACCCUUGGCAUCAAACAGAUUUUAUGCUUUAUUGAAAGUUAAUCGCUUACUGAGAUUAUACAGAGUAACUGACGUAGUAUACAUUGUGAUGGGCUCAAAUUAUCCAAAUCUGGUAUAUCAAAUCUCAGUUACAUCAUUGUUAAUGAUUUUGGCAAUAUACUUUGUAAGCUGUUUAUUGUAUAUCACCUCGUGCUUUUAUAUUUUAUGUGAGGAUACUGGAUGGUAUUUCUUGUCAUCCAAAGAAACCUAUCCAGAUAACCAAAACCCUAAAAACGCACUGUUAAAUUCAGUUUAUUUUACAGUAAGUUCUGCGUUUCAUACCGGCAUUGGGGAUUUUUUACCCAAGAACUCAACAGACUUUUUGCUAGUAACAGUAAUUUUGGUUAUAUUCUUAAUUUUGAAAUCCUAUUUAUCGGGACAAUUUAUAUCUCUUAUAUUCUUAAAUGAAUUGUGUAGCGGUUCUUUAAAUACAAGAUACUAUUUAAAAAGUUUUUCAGAGUUUUAUCGUAUCUCAAAACCGUUUAAAAGGAAGAUUCUUAAUUAUUUGAAGAUAAAUCCCAAUUUUCUGCAAGAAACCAGUACUUUGUUCAUUCGCAAACACGCUCCUGCUAGCGUAGAUACAUUGAUCCACAUAUCGAGGACAAAGAACAUAGAUGAAGGACCGUUAUUUAAACAUGUAGAUAGCUAUUUCCUUGCUUUAAUAGAAAAAGAUGCCAAGAUGUGGUUAUUACCCAAAAACGAAACUCUGUAUAUCCGAGGUGACCCUACGAGAAUCAUGUACAUAAUAAGCGAAGGCUUCUGUAAAUUAUACAACUCAGAGAACAAUCCAGAAAAAUCCGUCGGUCCAGGAUCAUAUUUAGGCUACUUGGAAGCCAUCUACUGCAUUCCUAAAAAGCACACAGUCGUGUCUACCACCGACUGUAGAUUGAUUUGCUUAGAAUAUGCCGUAAUGGAGAAAAUUUUUAAAUUGUUUCCCAAAGAACUGGAUUUUCUAGAGAAAACAAAAUAUCGUGAUGAGCUCGUGGCGGAAAUUCGUAAAUUUGAAAGGGUAGAGCGUGAAUUACCAGUUAUAAGCCAUGUUAUAACUCAGGAUGAGGAAGCUUUCGUUAACAUAAACAAAACAGACUAUUUCAAACUAUAUAAAACCAAACUCGGCCCGUUCUGGUUUAUCAGUUUCCUAUUCUUGCCAGCCACAAUACACCCGGAAGGGCUAUUUAUAAGGGUGUGGUGCGUUUUAAGAGCUUUCUUAAUUACGAUCCAAGGAAUAGUGUUAAUAUUAUUAAUCAUGUUGCCUCCUUUUGCUAACGAGAUGAGUUGGAUUGACUUCACUUGUCAGUUGACGUUGUACCUGGAUAUGUAUCUAGGUCUUCAUAUCGGAUAUUAUGACGGUAAAGGAAUGUUAAGAGUACAUCCUGUUUAUACAGCAUGGUACUAUUUUACUCACGGAUUUUUACUGGACUUGAUCGCAGCAAUUUCGUGGCCCUUGUUCAUGUUUCACGCUGAAGAUGAAGACGUUGAUAAAAUAUUUUUUCAUUCCACCCACUGCUUUUGGAAUCUAUUGAAACUUGUACAGUUUAUAAAAGUUUACAAGUGUCUCUUGUAUUUUCAAAACCGCACCUUCGAGUCAUUUGUAUCUAUAAGGAUUUUGAAAAGUUUUUUGUUUAUAAUUGUUAUAACAAACUUUUUGACGGGUCUUGCGGUUAACUAUUAUUGUCAAUUCGUUACAGUAAGUAAUUUUACCAACAACUUGUCAGUUCAUGAUACUGCUGAAAGGAGAAUUAAUCUAAUACGUUGUAAAGAUGCAUUUUUUCAAGACACUUGGAUGCCAACAUUUCCAGAUAUGAAUGAAAUCUAUACUGCAGGUAUGUAUAUCAUCUUAAGCUUGUUAACCAAUACUGGCAUUGGUGACAUUAUCGCAAUGACAACUACUACGAAAAUUGCAACAGUAUUAAUAAUUAUACUAGGAUACUUUAUUUUUGCAAUGCUGACUGUGACAGUGUGUUCUAUAAUGCUGGCCGAAGCUGAAGAAUCAUUCGAAUUUCGACAAAAUUCCCUUGAGAUGUUAAAAUUCUUAAAGAGGAACCAAAUACCUCCUACACUGAAGAAACAGGUCGUGAACCAUCUUGAGCUAAUAUGGACACGUUCUCAAGGCUUCAACAUUAAAUCACAAGAACUUCUUUCUUCUGGCAGUUAUUUUAAUCCCGAAUUUUUGAUGCACAGAAACGAAAUGCUUUUAAAAACAAUUCCUUUAUUCCCCAACCUAGAUGAGAAUUAUUUGAACAUUUUGCUCAGCAAGAUGAGAAUUUUAUAUUUCCAAAAAGGAGAUUCCAUCAUCAGAUAUAAAGACGUAAUGUCCGAUAUAUACAUAGUAGUUUCUGGCCAAGUAGACAUAUGUAACAAACAUGGAGAACACAUGUACACUUUAGGUCCUGCUGGAGUAUUUGGUAAUAUUAGAAAAACCGCCAACAGCUCUAGUACACUCUGUGUGAAAGCGCGAAGAAACGUAGAAAUAUGGGCUUUAGAUACAGAAACGUUUUUCAAUACUAUUAGUUACUAUCCUAUUGUGUUGAAAGACACGGAGCGAUAUUUUAAGGAACAUACUAAUUAUUUGGUUGCCAAAAGUACUAGCCAGUUUGAUUUUUUUGGUUCUUCAAAAGAAUUGGACGAUCUAGAAUCAGAUACUGAAUCAACGACCAAAACUGGUGAUAUAACGAUUACAGAAAAAUGCGCUACAGAUUUCUUUCUUCCAAACAAGUGGUUCAAAUUUUCGCUCAAUCCUGACCAUAUAUUAUUUAACGUAGUAGAUAUAAUAACACUGUUAGCAAGUUUAUUGAACAUAUACUUCAUACCCUACGUAUUUGUCACUCAAGACAGCUCCACAUUUGGAUUCCUUCACCUAUGCUUAGAGCCGAUAUUUUACUUGAGGGUAUUUAUCAAAUUACAUAAGGCGUAUGUAAAUACUUAUGGAAGCACGAUAAAUGUGAACUCAAUUAUAUGCAAGAAAUAUCUAAACAAUCCAGGAGAAAUAUUUUGGGAUCUUAUACCCAAUUUACCUGUAGGCUUAUUAUGCUUCAUUUUUCGUAGAGAAGAAUGGUUUUUCUUCUAUAGCUGUUUUAGGAUAUUGCAUAUGUUACGGUUCUAUUAUAUUGUUAAAUAUUUUGAUCAGAAAUUAAAAACAUUGCAUCAAAGUACGUGGUACUACCUAGCUAGACUACUUAUCUGCUACAGUUCAUUAAUUCAUAUUUUAUCCUGCAUAUGGUUCAUACUGGCUUGUCCUUUUUUGAAGUGUUCCUCCGAUUCAUGGCUAAAACAUUAUGGACACGCCGUUUUAGAUAGCAGCACUUCUUAUAAACUUCUGCUGUCUUACUACUGCAUUUUGAAUAAUUUAACGAUAACAGGAAUUGGUGAUACGUAUCCGGUAGCUUAUUCGGAAGUUAUUUUCACCAUAAUAACAAUGCUUCUAGGUAAAAUUGCUGUUGCAAUGAUUAUAGGAACAAUAUUAAAAAUUAUAUACCUAUCAGAAAAGAAUCUCAUGGAUUUUAAUAUGAAGUAUAUAUCACUGAAGACUCAUCUCCAAUCUAAAGGAAUCUCAGAUUACCCCCUAACGAAAGCUGAUAAAUAUUUGAAGAAUUUGUGGAUGUAUUCUGAUAGAAUACUAAAGACAAAGCUAUUAAUAAACAUGCCAUACUCUAUUCAACAAGAUCUAACCAGUGCUCUAUAUGAGACUCAACUACGAAAAGCUUACAUAUUUAAGGACAUCGACCAAAAUCUGUUACGUCAGAUAUGCACCAAACUACAAAAAACUGUAUACUUCGAAAAUGACUACAUUGUAAAAACAGGCGAGGUGAAUUCAACGAUGUACUUUAUAGAAAAAGGUAGCAUCUGCGUUCUGACAAAACAGGCCGAUCACUUGGAAUCGACACAUGCCUUGCUUCAGUCCAGAGACGUGUUUGGAGUGUCUCAAGGAUUGAACCUUGAAGAAUAUCAUCAUUUUUGUUACAGAGUCGCUAGUUUAGUGGUCGAGUUACUGGAAUUGAAAUUUAAUGAUUGGGAAUAUUUGCUGGAAUUUUUCCCGCGAGAUAAAAAGCAGAUUUUUGGCAAGCAUACUAAAGAAUAUUACUAAGUGUAAUUGUUCGUUUAAUUACUAGAAAAUAUAUUUGUAUUGC